AUGAAUGCAUUGAGAAGGCUGCUCACGUUGCAGAAACACCUAGGCACCUUGUCCAACCGCGGAUUCGCUACGACUGCCAAGAUGGCCACCAACGGGGAGCUCAACAUCGACUCCAAGUACCAACUGAACUCAGGGUACGAGAUACCGGCACUGGGCUUCGGUGUGUAUCAGACUCCCGCGGCCGAGGCGGCCGAACUCGUCAAGCACGCCAUUGCCAACGGGUAUCGUCAUGUCGACUCAGCCCGAGCCUAUCGCAACGAGAAGGCUUCAGCCACGGGCCUGCUAGCCGCCGGCGUUCCCCGUUCGUCGCUCUUCUUCACGUCCAAGGUAGCACCAAAAGCCAUGUCGUACGAGUCGGCAAAAGCGGAUGUGGAGGCGACGCUCCAAGAAACGGGGCUUGACUACAUCGACCUAUACCUGGUUCAUGCGCCGUACGGAGGGCGCGAGGCACGCUUGGGCGCGUGGAAGGCGCUGGUCGAGGCUGUCGAAGCGGGGAGUGUGAGGAGCAUUGGCGUCAGCAACUAUGGCGUCCAUCACCUGGAGGAGUUGGAGGCGUGGAUCAAAGAGACGGAGGACAAACGGGGAAAGGGCAAGGGCGGCGUGCUGAGCGUGAACCAAGUGGAACUGCAUCCAUGGUUGGCCAGGGAUGACAUAGUCCAGUGGUGUCGGCAGCGGGGCGUUCUGAUGGAGGCCUAUUGUCCGCUGGUUCGGGCUACUAAGAACGAUGAUCCAUUGUUGGUGUCACUCGCGAGCAAACAUGCGAAGACGUCGGCACAGGUUCUGCUGAGGUGGGGUCUGCAGAAGGGCUUCGUGAUCCUUCCCAAGACUGUGACCCUGUCUCGCAUCGAGGAGAACGCCAACAUUUUCGAUUUCAAGCUGGACGCCGAGGAUAUGAAGAGCCUAGAGACGGGGGCAUACGCACCGUGCGCCUGGGAUCCCACCGUUAGCCGUGACUAA